AGAAGCCCGAAGGAGGUUCAGAAUUCCCGUUCUCCUAUAUAAACUUGCCCCUACCGAAGGGUGUGCGUAGGAGGGAAAAAAAAGAGGAAGAGUUGGAUUUUUCGAUCUUGUAUAAUAAUUGGCGAAAUUGGCGAGGUGUUGGAUUUAAUACCUGCCCCAUCAUCCCCCCUGAAAAACUGCGAAUACCUCGAGGGCUUCCGAAUUCGGCUCGCCCAAGAUGCCGGCCGAAGUUCACGGAAUCAAGUCCAGCGACGUCCACGCUAAGAUCCAGCUCCUCAUCGACGGACUCGUAAACAUCAAAGACAAAACAGGAGAGUUCCUAUUGACGCUCCCGGACGGCCGCGUAAUCGACACGAAGGGAUGGAACGACUGGGAGUGGACCCAUGGCAUCGGCCUCAACGGGAUCUGGGCCUACUACUCGCUGACCGGGGACGAGAAGUACCUCAAGAUCAUCGAAGACUGGUUCGCCAACCGAUUCGCCGCCGGCGGGACGACCAAGAACAUCAACACCAUGGCCGUGUUCCUGACGCUGGCUUACGUCUACGAGAAGACCGGUAACCAGACCUACCUGCCCUGGCUCGACAGCUGGGCCGAAUGGGCGUACCACGACCUCGAGAGGACCAAGUACGGCGGCAUGCAGCACAUCACAUAUUUAGAAGUCAACGACCAGCAGUUGUGGGACGACACGCUCAUGAUGACCGUCAUGCCCCUGGCCAAGAUCGGCAAGCUGCUCAACAGGCCGCACUACGUCGACGAAGCGAAGCGGCAAUUCCUCAUACACAUCAAGUACCUCUUCGACACCAAGUCGAACCUCUUCUUCCACGGCUGGACGUUCCACGACGGCGGUCACAACUUCGCCGGCGCGCUGUGGGCGCGGGGCAACGCGUGGCUGACCAUCGUCAUCCCCGAGUUCCUCGAGCUGCUGGAUCUGGCCGCCGGCGACCCGAUCCGGUCGCACCUCCUGGACACGCUGAACGCGCAGUGCGAGGCGCUGGUGCCGCUGCAGGCGCCGUCGGGGCUGUGGCGCACGCUGCUCGACCAGCCCGAGGCCGAGGGCUCGUACGCCGAGUCGAGCGCGACGGCCGGGUUUGCGUUCGGCAUCCUCAAGGCGCAGCGCAAGAAGUACAUCGGGAAGGAGUACGAGGAGGUGGCGCUCCGUGCCGUCCGCGCCGUCCUCGACAACGUCGACGCCGACGGCGAGCUGCGGAACACCUCCUUCGGCACCGGCAUGGGCCACACCCUCCAGCACUACAAGGACAUCCCCAUCACGAGUAUGCCGUACGGGCAAGCGAUGGCUAUCAUGGCGCUGGUGGAAUUCUUGAGAGUAUUUAUCUAGAUAGAGAGAGGAACAAAUUCAUGCUAUGACCGUCGGAGCGAACGGGGGCCUCGCGGACCCGUUCUCCUAAAAUGCCCAGCAU